AUGGAAGACGGGCUCAUAAGAGUUGGUGGACGCCUAGCGCGUUCAAUAUUAUCAUACAGUGCAAAGCACCCAGUUAUUCUUCUUAAAGAUUCCCCAGUGUCAAACUUUAUUUUAGAAGAUGUACACAAAGGCGUGGGACACCUUGGUAGACUACGACAUAAGUACUGGAUCAUGUGUGCCAAUGCAAUGGUCAGAAAGAUAGUGUCUAACUGUGUUACCUGUCAAAGUUACAGAGCUAAAGUGGGUGAGCAGAAGAUGACAGACUUGCCUAUAGAGCGGAUAACACCAGAUCACCCACCUUUUACUCACACUGGUGUCGACUACAUCGGACCACUUGAAGUCAAACGGGGCCGUGGUACAGUCAAAAGAUCUGGAGUAAUAUUUACAUGUAUGGCCUCUCGAGCAGUUCAUUUGGAAAUUGCUCAUUCACUGGAUACAGACUCCUGCAUUAAUGCCUUUAGAAGAUUUAAAGCUAGGAGGGGCAAUGUCAAAUCUGUUCGGUCAGAUAACGGUACGAAUCUUGUUGGUGCAAAGCGUGAACUGCAGGCAGAAAUCGAUAGGUGGAACCAUACAAAGAUUAGUAGUGCACUCCACCAGGUAGACAUAGACUGGAAAUUUAAUCCGCCAGCUGGCUCUCAUUUUGGAGGAAUAUGGGAAAGGCAAAUCAGAACCAUAAGGAAAAUUUUGUUUUCUCUCUUUAAGGAGCAAACAAUUCACCUGGAUGACGAGGCACUCCAGACACUCCUUUGCGAGGUUGAGUCCAUAAUAAAUGGACGUCCUAUUUCAACAGUAUCCGAAGAUCCCAAUGACUUAGAAGCCUUGACACCUAACCACUUAUUGUUGCUUCAAUCUUACCAAAACUUACCACCUGGAGUCUUUGAUAGAAAUGAUAUCUACGCAAGACGUAGAUGGCGCCAAGUUCAGUAUCUGGCGGAUAUGUUUUGGAAAAGAUGGUUGAGGGAAUACUUGCCGCUGCUUCAAGAAAGACAAAAAUGGUUACAACCUAAAAGGAAUCUUGCCGUAGGAGACAUUGUCUUGAUUGCAGAUAAUUCCGUCCCAAGCAAUGCAUGGCCAAUGGGCAAAGUUAUUGAGAUAACGAAGGAUCGGAAAGGUUUUAUUGUGACCCGUUGA